AACAAAAUGCCAAAAAGGAAAUUCGUGUAUGGUGUGAUGGAUGUUAUGAUAUGGUCCAUUUCGGUCAUGCCAACUCUUUGCGACAAGCCAAAGCCCUUGGUGAUAAAGUCAUUGUUGGCAUACACACCGAUGAGGAGAUUGCCAAACAUAAAGGACCCCCAGUCUUUACCGAAGAGGAACGUGUCAAAAUGGUCAAAGGUAUCAAAUGGGUGGAUGAGGUCGUUUUGGGUGCACCUUAUGUAACAACAUUGGAGGUGCUCGAUGAGCAUAAUUGUGAUUUUUGUGUACAUGGAGAUGAUAUUACAAUGACCGCUGAGGGUGUUGACACAUAUCAUUUGGUAAAGAAGGCCAAUAGAUAUAAGGAAGUUAAACGUACAGCUGGUGUUUCGACAACAGAUUUAGUUGGCCGCAUGUUAUUAUUAACUAAAAAUCAUUUCCAUCAGGGUUCCGCCGAAUAUGCCAUAGAAAAAGAAGGUAUGUUUGUUUUUGUCUAA